AUGUCAGACCAGCCUGACAGGACCGUCGGCGCAUCAGACGUCAAUCCCCGGGGCAUCCCAAGGGCGAUCUUCAUCGAGAAUGUGCCAGACUUUCUCGGAGGCCCAGAGGCAGAGGCAGAAGGGGUACUCAAGUCUCUUGAAGAGACGCUCUCGAAGUAUAAAUUCAUGCAGACCUCAACAAGCUCCAAAGCGGCCAACCUGGAGGCAAAGGUCCCUGAGCUCACAGAGACGCUCAAGGUCAUCACUGUCUUGCAAGAGAAGCAUGCGGCUGAAGAGCCUCUCGAGACUACGUUCGAACUCAACGAUACUCUCUAUGCACGCGCAAGCAUACCGCCGUCCAGUCAGCUCUAUCUGUGGCUAGGCGCGAGCACCAUGCUCGCAUACGACAUACCCGAGGCGCUCGCGCUAUUGACAACCAAGCUAGAGGCCGCAAAGACGCAACUGCGAAACGCACGAGAAGAUCUCGUCUUUCUGAGAGAACAAAUCACUACUACGGAAGUCAAUAUCGCACGCGUUUACAAUUUUGACCCGCGCAAAAUGCAUGAGCCCGGCGUGCUCACGCCCGUGCAACGGGAGCCAUCACGUGGCCCAAGCCACGCUCGAGCACUCAAGCUGGACACUUGCAUCUGGUGUACAGCCUACUGCUUCGACGGACUUGCAGAGGCAGAGCCGCUUGCUACAGGCGCAUGGAUCUUGACCGCAGGGUCGGAUUACUGCCUUGACGGAUGUACUAGCGUACCGCAGAUGAUUUCUAGCUUGGCAAUCUCUUUGCAGAGGUUCUUACCUGACUUGACCUGGCUUGACAGUGAACGGCAGCUGCCUCUCGUUGCCCGCCGCGCCAGCCGGUGUGAAGAUCUCGACUUUUCUACUGCUGCCCGAGUUGAGCUUGCUGCGCCAUCAAAACCUGAGCAAAGCCGAAUACGACCGUGA